CACUCAACGCCUCGUAUCAGUCAGCCUCACCCGCAUCCACAAUCUCACUUCCGUCUCAGACUCCCAAUCCCGCCAUCUUUCCAAGGUCCUAUCAAACCCCUGCGAUCAGUUCAUCAUGGGCACGGCAGAAAACUACCAAGAGGUGCUGAGGGGGAAGUAUCCGGCUAAGCUUCACGCGAAGAAUGUUGCCGAGUUUAUCGUCGCGAAGGGUGGAGAUAAGACAGGAACGCUGUAUUUGGAGGCGCAGAAGAGUCGGUUGCUUGAGGAUAAUGAUGAGGCUGAGCCGUUUAGGCAACGGCGAUACUUCUACUACCUGAGCGGAUGCAAUCUUGCGGACUGCUAUCUCACGUAUUCCAUGCAGAGUGAGAAGUUGACACUUUUCAUUCCACCGAUUGAGCCAGAAGAAGUCAUCUGGAGUGGGCUGCCGACGUCGGUUGAGGAGGCUUUGGAGAAAUACGACGUCGACGAAGUCAAAACUACCGAAGAUGUAAACUCCCAUCUAGCCUCCUCAGCCAACAGUCCCCAAACAACCCUCUACGCCAUCCCCGACCAAGUGUCCGACGAAACCACCUUCCUCUCUUACAACAACACCGACUUCUCUCAACUCAAAUCCGCCAUCGAAACCUGCCGCGUCACCAAAUCUGACUACGAAAUCGCGCUUCUUCGAAAAGCUAACGCCAUCUCAACAGACGCCCACAUCAACGUCAUGAAAGCCGCCUCCAGCGCUAAAAACGAAACGGAGCUCGAAGCCGUAUUCAUCAAGAGCUGUAUCGAGCGAGGCGCAAAACACCAAUCUUACCAUUCCAUCGUCGCAGCCGGAGAAAAUGCAGCAACACUACACUACGUGCAUAACAACGCGCCCAUCUCGGGUCAAGAUCUUCUGCUCCUGGAUGCUGGAUGCGAAGCCGAUUGCUACUGUGCCGAUAUAACACGUACAUUCCCCAUCUCAGGCUCCUUCACUACCGAAUCCCGAGCGAUCUACGAUAUUGUCCUCGAUAUGCAGAAGCAAUGCACGGCGGCGCUCAAAGCCGGCGUGAAGUGGGAUGACGUGCAUCUCCUAGCUCAUAAAGUCGCCAUCCAAGGACUCCUCUCACUUGGUAUCAUGCGGGGCUCCCCAGACGACAUUCUCGUUGCUCGAACUAGCGUAGCGUUCUUUCCACACGGACUAGGGCACUAUCUCGGCAUGGAUACGCACGACACGGGCGGGAAUCCGAACUACAGGGAUGCGGAUCCGAUGUUCAGAUAUCUGCGGGUGAGGGGCACGUUGCCAGCUAGAAGCGUGAUUACAGUAGAGCCAGGGAUUUAUUUCUGCAGGUUUAUUAUCGAGCCGUACUUGAAAGAGGAGGGGCAGAGGAAGUUUAUUGAUGAGAAGGUGCUGGAGAGGUAUUGGAGUGUGGGCGGUGUGAGGAUUGAAGAUAAUAUUCUGAUUACGGAGGAGGGUUCAGAGAACUUGACACCGACGCCGAAGGAGGUAGAGGAUUUAGUCAGGAUCAUUAAGGCUGGAUAACUGGGGGAGUGGGAAAGACUGAUGGUUGGGAUGCUUGUAUAUUCGACGAGUCCUUAUGCUGCAUCUCAGUACCUACCGUGGAAAAUGGGGGUGAUUAUGAACAUAUAUUUACAUCCUGUUAAUAUUCUCUCUAAUCUCAGUAAGAUAUUUAACAGAUGGAAUC